UAGGAGGAGAUUCAGCUGUUGGAUUCAAGUGUGUUGGACCAGGGAGACGUCUAGGAGUUGCAGGACACCGGACCUCCAGAACCAGGACUGCCCACCCCUGAGCUAGAGGAAUCCAAGCUUGGAAUCGUUCACAUUCAGUCACAAAUAUGAAGAUUGUGUAGAACCCUAAAAGGUUCACAAGGUAUGGAAGUCAGGUGAUCUCUGACAUCACUUCCUGCAUCUCAGACCAUGGCAUCACUUUUCUAAAACCUCCUUUCUUUAGCAUGCACACAUCUCCACAUGAUGGUCUUCUGUCUUCUCCUUCAUUCGGCUCAGACACUGAGGAAAAAACAGCCGAGUGCUGCAGGUGACUCAGACCCAGUCAGCUACUGGCUGACAGACCGACUGUGUUCUGGUUCCCAGUACACCGAGGAUCAGGGCCGCGCUCUGGGACUGGGCGGCUGGGUGAAGAACACCCGACAGGGGACGGUGAUCGGCCAGAUCCAGGGACCGGUUCAGCGGGUCAACAGCAUGAAACUUUGGUUGAAGAACGUCGGCAGUCCGAGUUCUCGGAUUGACCGAGCCGUUUUCUCCAACGAGAGAGACGUUUCUAAACUGGAGGUCCAGGGCUUCUCCACUCGCUACUGAGCAUGCUCAGACUAACAAACAGCUUCAUUAGUAGUUAUUUAAACUGCAAAGGAUGCAAACAAACCAACUAAAUGUGUUUCAGCCUAAUAUGCAAACUGUCAGCAGAUAAAACAUCAGGAUUUAUGGAUAAUUCAGGCUGCAUGUGGUCAGUGGAGAUGCUGACUGUAGUGUUUCUGUCAUGUGCUGCUGUUGUGGUCAGGUUGGUCAGCUGCUCUCAUAAAUCUCCACAGCAUCAGAACAGCAGGAAGAUGCUAAAGAUCAUCUAAGUUUUCAUUUCCCGACCCAGAACCGCUGAUGGGGUCUGGUUCAGCUUUGGCCAGGUUAACAUGUUCUGGACAUUUGGCUAUUGUUAACAAAAAGGUUUGAUGUGUUUGAUGUUGAAGACCGUCGGUGCUGAGCUCCAGAGUCCUCGGUGCAAAACAAUCAAAUCUUCACAUCUGUAGUUCAAUCAAGAUUCUCAACUUGCUGUUCUCUGCCGACCAGAACCUAGAAAGACCAGAAUCAGCCGUUAGCUAGAGCCUGACAGACGGCUCUCACUCUGUAGUUUGUUCUUUUCUGGAAAGCUUUUAAUAAAUUUCUUAAUUCUUCUAAUACAGACUCAUGUCAGUUAUUCUUUUCAACAUGAUUUUACCGUCUGGAAGUCUGAGAACCGGCUGAAGAACUGAAGCCUGCGGUUCUCCAACGCCGCCCAAGGUUUAUGGCGAGUCUUUGCACAGAUUGCCCAAAUUUAAACGGUGACCCUGAGUUUAAGGUUUAAUCUCUCGUCAACAAACCUUAAACUCAUGACGGCCUGGCUCCUGCUACUGAAAACAGGGAGGAUCCCAUUUGGAAAGCAAGACGCCACCUAUCAUCCUCGGCUUCGACUCUUCUCUCUGUGGGACAAAUUUGGCCUUCAAUUUGGAAAAUUACUUUAAAUUGGAUGAACUGAUUCAGGCAGUUGUUAAAUUUUUCUGGUUUUCUAGAGUCUAGAAAUGCUCCAGGAUGCCGACACAAAACAGGAAGUUAGAACCUCAUGUCCACUGGCUGCCAUCAGCUUUUAAAGUGACCUCUGUGACCUCUAACUGAGACUGGUGAGUCUGAUAAGGAGAUCGGUCAGAGAAGCUUAUUUUAAAGAAACGGGUGGAGACAUUUUGUUCACAAAUGUCUCCACCCGUUUCUAAACGACUCCAGAGUCAAAAACGAAGAAGCAGAUUCUACAGUCGAGAACCAAAAGUCCGACCCGAUGCACCACUUUCAGGGUCUGCCUCAUGGAGCCCUGGGCCAGCUGAGGCUCCAAACGGACCCCUGGGCCAGCUGAGGCUCCAAACGGACAAUGUUUCUUUCUGUUCCUGACCUGAACAGAAAGGUCAAGAACAGAAUUGAAAAUGAAUUAGAAUUCAUUUUCAAUUGAAUUCCAUAAUCAAGCGGUAACCAGUAACUAUGUAACAAAAUAGGUCAUCAGGUCCAGUAACAAACUGGUAACCAGUAGCAAGCUAGCUGAUGCAGAAGUAUGAAUAUGAACCCUCCUGUUCAGCUGAACAUCUGGAAUCUGAUCUGGUUCACAGUCAUCUUGAUAGACCUAGAUCGUCUAGAUCACAAGAAC